AUGAGUGCUUCCAAAUUUAUUGAUGGAAAAGAGGAAUUAGUAUGGAUUCCGCUUUUGAGAAGGGGAGCUUGGGAGUUUAUCGACUUCUCGCCUAAGGAUUUCUUUAACGGUCUUCCGCUCGCGCUCCAAAACGAAGCUCUGCCAGAAGAAGAACUGGGGGCCGAGACGGAAAUCGUGCACCAAGAAAUCGGCAAUUUUGAUGGGCAUGAUGCUCUUGAAGGGAUUCACCAAGGUGUACCGCAUGGGAUCGUCGACAGCAACGGUGAAGAAGCUGCAGACGAAGAGAUCAUACCUUCUCUGAGCGUACGCGAUACUUCACCUCCAAUCACGUGGACCUCAGACAUCGACCCUCAGCUUUUCCUUUCCUCGUCUCUACCUCUUCUCUCUGUCUCCGACGUGGAUUCCCAGCUUCUCGACUUCUACAUUUACGAGCUCUCCCCAAAAUGCUCGCUCAGCGUCGACUUCAACCCAUACCUCAACGUUCUACUUCCCGUAGCUUAUGAGUAUGAGCCACUUCGCCACACAUUGCUUGCGGCAUCUGCAUGCCAAUUGUAUCAUUUCAGUGGAGAUCGCCAGUAUGAGUUAUAUUCGCUACGCCAUCGAUCAAAGGCCAUGAGCGGAUUGAACAAGCAUCUUACCAAGGAGCAUAUGGACUGGAAAAGCUUGGCGACCAUGGUCAUGUUCUGUUUCCGAGAUAUCACUGAUGGGUGCGAACCGUCUUGGAUCACCCAUUUAAAGAUGGGGCUCCGCAUGUUGAAGAACCUACUUUGCACUACCCACAUCGAUAAAGACCUUCGCAAGUUUUGCGAGAUUUACUUUGUUGCUCAUGAUGUCAUGGGAAGAACAGCGUGGGGUGACGACGCGACCGAUUCCGAGCAUUAUGAUUGGGACCAAGACGAAACUUACCACGAGAUCGAUUCUAUCAUGGGUUGCUCGCGUGAGCUCAUUUCCCUGAUUAGUCGAAUAUCCUGCCUUGCUAGCUCGGCGCGGCAGCAGAACGAUGCAGCCGAUCAUACGAUAGCAGCAGCAGGGCACCUAAUGGAUCAGCUCGCUGGGCUUCAUCAAACAUUGCGAACGGGGGUCGGCCAUGCUGAAACCAUGCUAAGAAUUGCCGAAGCGAAAAGGCUAUCCGCAAUGCUCUACUUGCAUGACCGCGUCAUGGCACCGCACACAGGCGCUACCACAGCACUUGCUCAUGGUCUUCGCAACGCUAUCAUCGAGGCUAUUCAACAACUACCAGCUAGCAGUGGGGCUGCCCUAUGGCCACUGUUCAUCCUUGGAAAGUCGAAUACGAGUAGCCGUGACCAGGCGCAAUUCGUGCUUGAUCGCUUGCAUCAGCUGGAGAAGUCGCGCUAUCUAGGAAGCUUUUACCAUGCUCGGAGGAGAGUUGAAAGGAAUAUUAUGAGAAGGCUGACAGCGCAUGGCGAUGUGUUGCAACAGACGUGGGAAGAUGAAUCAGCCCUCAACGACAACGAGCGUUGGGUGAGCCUGGCAUAA